AUGUAUCCUUCCUCCUACAGCAAUCGGGACACCUCUUUCUCAAGUAGUAACUACCCAAAGAAUUCUUUCAGCAACUUUAAUCUUCAAAAUCAAUCAAAAUUACCCUCUCAAGAUUAUUACCAGCCUGCAUCCUCUUCCUCACAUAACUUGUAUGGCCCUCAUUACAUACCUUUAGAAAACGAACCUGAGAUUUUCCAACAACAACAACGACCCUUCUAUAGUGAUCAUAACUAUCAGGACACUGUCAUUGUAGCUCAUGAACACUCAACUCGGAAGACUAGUAAUCUGCAGUACACCAUGGAAAAGCCAACCUACAACAACGGAAGAUAUGCUACAGCUGCUGGCAACGAUCACCUUAUCAGUCAUGUAAUUAAUCAGAAUAACUCUUUAAUGGGCAAGAAAGCUUCCAAGAAAGACCGUCACAGCAAGAUAAACACAGCUCAAGGCCCCAGGGACCGAAGGAUGAGAUUGUCUCUUGACGUAGCAAAGAGGUUCUUCAGGUUGCAAGAUAUGCUUGGGUUCGAUAAGGCCAGCAAUACUGUCGACUGGCUGCUCAUGAAAUCAAAACCCGCUAUUCAAGAUCUACUCCCCCAGCAGUUAGACCGUACUUGCAGUCUCAUUGGUCUAUCAAACAGCGGAUCUUCUGCAUCAGAAUGUGAAGUUAUGUCUGGAAUUGAUGAUCAAUCUAUGGAGAAAAUUAGGGAAGAGAAGGUGAUUAUAGUAGGUAACGCAAAAUCUACUUCCUCUAGCAGUAACAAAGAGAAGAAAAAGCUUGAUAGAGGAGUUAGGAAAAGUGCGUAUGUUCACCACUCUCUUGCUAAAGAAACUAGGGAGCAAGCAAGAGCAAGGGCAAGGAAGAGGACAACUGAAAAGAGAAAUAACAAGAUUGGUGGGGGUGAUGUUGGUGGUUCUGGCUCUGAUCAGUAUUCUAAAUUUAGACCACAUUUCGAUCAGGUGAUGAAUCAAAAUGUAAAUCGAUUAGGGACUUGGAUUCCCUUUGGAGAAAUCCAAUCUCAAACAACUGAUCAAGCGGAAUAUCCAAAUUCCCAUUUUCAAUUUAAGCAAGGGAUUGUUGGUGAUAAAUCGUCAGCGAUGCCAAACAGUUGGAGCCCAUCUUUCUUGUUUAAUUAUCAGCAUAAUCCUGGACCUUCUUAUGAGGCCUCGUGA